CUCUUUUUUUCUUCUUGACAUUAACUUGUUCUAUUGUACAUAAAUUUAUUUAACUCUUUUUAUUAUACAUAAAAGGAAUCGUUACUCUUAGACUGUAAAAUAGUCAGCUUCUAUAUUUGAAUCACACACUGCCAAUGACUACUUUACAAAUCUAUGCUCACAGACUAAGCGAUCCUGAUCUAGGAAUUGGCUUGAAAGUUACUAUUGCGAACGAGUUAAGAGAUCAAGUAGAAGUAUUUCAGACUUCAGAAUAUCCCAAGUUUUUAUCAACACUUUUACCUCUUUUUCUCGACAUUUUACAAAAUGAACAACCUGUAUUUAUAAGCAAUGCACCAGAACAAAAAUUGCGAAAUAUCAUUUUAGAAAUUAUAUACCGAUUACCACAGACAGAGGCACUAAAAGAAUACGUCCCAGAAUUAUGCAGAGCACUAAUGAAGAUUUUACGCGUGGAAAAUGAAGAUAAUGCAGUUGUUUGCGUAAAGAUUAUAAUAGACUUGCAUCGCUCGUUCCGUCAAGUACUUGAAGAUCAAGUUCAGCCAUUUUUAGACAUUGUUCAAGAGAUAUUUCAAAAUAUGGAAACAACAGUAAAGGAAGCAUUUGAUAAUCCUGACCAAGUAUCAACCCCUUCUUCUAUUGCAUCACCAAGACCAAUGUCACCCGCAGCCGAUGUUCCCGAUGCUCCGUCAAAAAUAUUACCAAAGAGUAUGUUUAGUUUCAAGGUGCUGACUGAAUGUCCAAUCAUCGUUGUAUUACUUUUUCAGUCUUAUAGACGGUCAGCUGCUGAAAAUAUCAUGAAGUUUGUUCCAUUGAUAUUUCAGACACUUUCUCUACAAGCAAAACCUCAAAUGGAAGCCGCAGCAGCCGCAGCAGCCAAAGGCGAGCUUUUCAUUGGUGUCAGUCCAGCUAUCAAACAAAAGAGCCUAUACAAUGAAUUUAUCGUAGCCCAAGUGAAAACGAUGUCAUUUUUGGCUUACAUACUAAGAAGCUAUACAAACUUGCUGAGACCAUAUCACGAUCAGAUUCCAGAGUUCGUCCUUCGUUUGCUAAGAGAAUGUCCCCCGGAAUCAUCAGCUACAAGAAAGGAACUCUUAGUCGCUACACGGCAUAUUCUUUCAACUGAAUUCAGAGCAGACUUUGUACCCAAAAUCGAUCUACUCUUAAACGAGAGCGUUUUGAUCGGAACUGGUGUUACAGCGCAUGAUACAUUAAGACCACUCGCAUACAGUAUGCUUGCAGAUUUAGUACAUCAUAUCCGAGCAGAAUUAUCACCAGUUCAAAUAUCUCGUACAAUCUACAUUUAUUCGCGUAAUUUGCAUGAUCCAACGUUAGCACCUAGCAUACAGACAAUGUGCGGCAAACUAUUGCUAAAUCUUAUUGAUUGUAUCAUGAGGAUCGAGGACAAGAGUCAAGGAAGAGCACUUUUAAUGCGAAUCUUGGACGCAUUUGCCAACAAAUUUGAAGCAUUGAAUAUUCAGUUUAGCACCUGCAUCAAACAGUAUAAGAAGAAAAAGCAAGUUCAAGGUGACUCGACAGUAUCUCUUAUGGAAAAAGACGACCCUAAUAAUAUGGACUUUGACUUUGACCGAGCAAGGUCUAUUCAUACCGGCGUGUAUAUCCCAGAAGCUGCGCAGGAUGGAAUCAAAGAUGGAAGAUUCUUAUUCAAAAACUUGGCCAUUGGUUUAAAGCCCUUAUUUAUUGGACUUCGACAUUGUAAUCCACCGCCACCAGCGGGCCAGGAUGUGCCCGGUUAUUCAUCAUUUGCAAGGGACUUUUCAUAUGAAGAAAUUCAGCUCUUUGUGCGAUUAUUUAGAGAGGGACUAAAAUGCUUUGAAUAUUACAACGUCGACAAUUACGGAAAUGACGGCUCUCUUCCUGAUUAUUCACCACCAGAAGAGGAAAAAACCAAGGACAAUUGGACGAUAGGAGCAAUCGAGAGCUGCUUAAAACUUACAGUCCAGCCAAAUGGAGAAAAGGAAGUGCUGGAUACAUUUCCUAUCGUGUUUACGAUACUGGAGCCUGCUGUCUUUCAGGAGCUGUUUGCCUCUCAAAUUGAUUUCUUUUUUGAAAGAAUGUUGAUCAAUCCUUCCUUGCUCCAUUUAUCACAGUUUUUCUUAGUCAAUGAAAUUACAACACAAGGAUUUGCUGGCAUCCUCUUGAAGUUUUUGGUUGACAAAAUACAAGAACUGGGCGAAGGAGAUCUCCAUUACUCUGCUGUGAUGCUUUACUUAUUCAGACUGACAUUUAUGGCAGUGAACGUAUUUCCAGACUCUAAUGAAGCAAUACUGCAACCUUACUUGGCAAACUUGGUCAUGUCAUGCUUCAAACUAGCAGCAAAGGCUAAAGAGCCUGCAAAUUACUUUUUACUAUUAAGAUCUCUUUUCAAGAGCAUAGGUGGUGGUCGUUUCGAGCUACUCUAUAAAGAAGUAUCACCACUGCUUCAAGCCAUUCUAGAGAAUCUUAAUGCGCUGAUUUCUCUUGCACACAGAACUGAAAUGCGCAACUUAUUUGUAGAACUCUGUUUAGCUGUUCCAGUGCGACUUAGUACACUACUGCCUUAUCUGCCUUUCUUGAUGCGCCCACUUGUUACCGCUCUGCAAGCAGAUCAGGAUCUUGUCUCUCAAGGUUUACGAACAAUGGAAUUAUGUAAUGAUAAUCUAAAUCCUGAGUUCUUGGAUCAUAUUAUGGCGCCUGUCAUGACAGAGCUUAUGGACGCUUUGUGGAAGCAUCUGAAGCCACUUCCUUAUAACCAGCAGCACAGUCAUGCAGCAAUGAGAAUUCUUGGCAAACUAGGUGGACGCAAUCGUCGAAUGUUGAAGAGUCCUCCUAAAUUAGGAUUCAAUGCGCGCAUCGAAAGUGGUGUUACAGUCGAGGUUAUGUUUGAACAUGAUUUAACGCCUCAUACACUACCGUUGGACAAAUGUUUGGAAGUGGCUAUCAAUUCGCUCAGAUCGCAUGAUAUAGAGAUGGCUUACAGAAAGCAUGCUUACAAUUUUCUAAAAACACAGCUUAUCUUAAUGCUGGAACUUGCAGAAGGUCCAGACACUUUGGUCAACUCACUAUAUCGAAGAGUAAAAGAGCAGUUUAUUGAAAGAUCGGAUGAAGAUACUGCGUCGUUAUCACAAACAACUGUCUCUGGAACAUCUGCCUCAACUUCAACGGGUCAGUCUGCCGCUGAUCCUCGAAGAACCUCUGUUGACGAAGGCAACUCUGUGGUUGGCAAUACUUUAGCUGUCAAUGGCAUGACGCCAAAGCGCCUUGCCGGUAACGGAUACACUAAAUACUUUUCCAAACGGGCUGCGCAAGAAGAGGCUCUUCGUCCUAUAUUAGUAUCGAUUAUGAGAGCGUCUACUAUUGAAGAAUUAUCUGAUGACGCGUGGUCGUUCUUCCUCAACAUUUGCCGUCACUUCAUUCUAUUGCAUAUUGGUGAAGCAAUUGAAGCCAGAGAAAAUGGACGAAAGCCAUUGGCCAAUAUGAUGGAUGAAAGAUUAUCUGCUCAACAUCUUAAUACCACUAUUCUUGUAGAAGCUAUUGUUGAAGCGAUAUCUGCAUCAGAGAUACAGCUUCGCAGACGUGGAGAAGAGGCUCUUCAAGCAUGUUUUGAUGUUGCUGCUACUGUGCUUAGUUCAAAAGUUGAUCAGUUACCUAUCUUUCGCGUAUUUGCUUCCCACUUUUGCUCGUCUUGUUAUAAGCCAGAGUGGUAUAGAAAGCGUGGUGGAUGUCUUGGUAUCUCAUACAUGACAUCUCAGCUUGAUUUGGGUACAAAAUGGAUGCGUGAACAUGAACUUGAUUUUAUUCGAUCGCUUUUGUUUGUGCUGAAAGAUGCUGCACCGGAGAUGGCAAACAUCAAUACAGAAGAAGCAACACAGACGCUGUCGCAUGUUCUUAAAGUUUGUAACGGACCAGAAGAUGGCGAAUCUGCAGAAGCACAGCAAAAAUUCCAAAAUUUGAUUGCUCUUUUACUUAGUGAACUAUCAAAUUCGAACAGCGUUGUGCGUGAGACAAUCCAAUCAUCACUCCAGCUUCUUGCCGAUUUAACUGGAAAUGAAGUUACCGAACUACUAGCGCCUGUUCGUGAACGACUAGUUGCUCCUAUUUUUGCAAAGCCUUUACGAGCAUUACCCUUUGCUAUGCAAAUCGGGCACAUUGACGCAAUUACAUACUGCUUAACCCUGCGCCCACCGUUCCUUGAAUUCAAUGACGAGUUAACGAGAUUGUUACAGGAAGCACUAGCGCUAGCUGACGCUGAAGAUCAGGCCCUUGCAAGCCGAAGUGCGCAAUACAAGAAUACAGCGUCUUUGGAAAACUUGCGUAUUGUCUGUAUCAAGCUUUUAUCUGCCGCACUUGCUUGCUCUGAUUUUUCAAGUCAAAGACAAGCUCAUACAAGAGCACGUAUUAUUCAAGUAUUUUUCAAGUCUUUAUAUUCCAAAUCUGUGGAAGUUGUCGAAACCGCUCAUCGAGGCUUACAACAGGUUUUAUCUCAACAUACAAAGCUUCCACAGGAGUUAUUACGACAAGGCCUUAGACCAAUUCUUACAACCUUAUCAAAUCACAAGACGUUAAGCGUUGCUGGAUUAGAAGGAUUAGCUCGCUUAUUAGAGUUGUUGACAAAUUAUUUCAAAGUAGAGAUUGGAAAAAAACUGCUUGAUCAUCUAAAGCAGUGGGCAGAGCCAAAGGUGCUUCAGGAGGCAGUAGGAAAGCCUGUUCAUGAAAACCAUGAAAUCAAGAUUAUUGUGGCAAUUUUGAACAUUUUUCACCUCUUACCAGCAGCUGCUUAUAUCUUCCUUGAUGAACUGGUUACUGUGGUGCUUGAAAUGGAAGGACAUAUACGAAGAUCGGUUUCUAGUCCAUUCCGACCCAACUUGGUUAAAUAUCUUAACCGUUACCCAGUUGAAACGGUCAAUUAUUUCCUUGAAAAGCUAGAUGACGUUCGCUACUUCCAGCUGUUUGUUGAUAUACUCAAUACUGAAUCUGCUUCAAGACUCCGGGAUGAAGUUGCCAGCAGAACCUCCGAACUAGUUAGCAAAACUUUCAAGCAUGAAUCAAAUAGUAAUGGCACGCUUCCUUACAAUGGCGUUGUUAUAGUUCAAUCGUUGUUUAAUUAUGACUCGAACUACCUUACUGAGCAUAAUGAAGUUCUUACUUGCAUACGCGAAUUCUGGCAUUCUCAAGAAAAGAUUUUAUUGGAACAGCAGCACAAGGAAGAGGAUAAGGAAAUCAUAGCUAUUGCUCGACGAUUACUGACCAUGUCAAAGAUAUUCGUCAGCUAUUUAAGACAGGAUCUCAAUAAUAUCGAUCUUAUUUUUGAUCUGGUUGGUCUUUAUGCUCAAAAGGCUGUCUUGGAGCUCUCAUUUCUGCAAAAAUUCUUUUUGGAAGAUGUUGCAUUAAAGGCGUCACCUGCUAUUAAAAGGGGCCUCUUGGAAAAAUUCCUUCAAAUGUUUACAGACAAGAGCGUGUCCUCAUAUUUGAAAAUUAUGCUAAUACGCCAAGUUAUCAACCCUGCGAUACUUGCUACUUUCGCUGUAAAGAAUGACGACUAUAUGCAAAUAUUUGAUUCUGCCAUAAUGGAGCAAUUAGAUCAAAAGGUUUGGGCUAACCUGACAAUGGGAUCCGCUGACGACAAUCAGUACAUCGAAGACUCCCUUUGUAUCGAAUUGCUACAAUUAACUGCUACAAUGGUUCAGUAUGCUCCUCAGUUGCUUGCGGAUAGACGAAAGGAAGUUAUUAAGUUUGGCUGGAACUUUUUGCGUUUGGAGGAUGCCACAAUCAAACAGGCUGCCUAUGUGUUGAUUUCUCACUUCAUUGCUGCUUACGAAACGCCAAAUAAGAUCACUAUCCAGAUCUAUGCGGCUCUUUUAAGAGCACACUCUUCAGAAGCUCGCAUCUUGGUUAAGCAAGGUCUUGAUAUCAUUGCUUCUGUCCUGCCACAGCGCUCACCUAUUUCAAACAAUGAACGUGUGCCUACCUGGAUCCGAUUGACAAGAAAAGUAGUAGUCGAGGACACGCAUAGCAUAUCCCAAAUGGUUAAUGUGUAUCAGCUACUUAUCAGACACUCAGACUUAUUCUUCGAGUACCGUGAGCACUUUUUACCUCAGAUAGUUAAUACUCUGCCUAAGCUCGGAUUGCUUCAAAAUGCUACUCCAGAACAUAAGCUAUUGACAGUGGAAUUGGCUGAGUUGAUCAUCAAAUGGGAAAAGAAGCGAAUUUCUCUCCAAGCGUCUAUCAAGGAAGCUUCAACGUCAUCUUCAGGCAAGCGUAAGUUAGAAUCAGAUGGUGCAUCUGAAUCACCUACAAAGAGGAUGCAAGUCGAAAAUCCUUCCGGCAAUAUUGAAGGGGUUGCAUCAUCGUCUAUGGCUAGUGGAAGAUCAACUACAGUGAAAAACGCAAGUGAAGCAGAUAGAGAAUAUGCACCAAGUCUGGUUCUACGAGAAAAUGUUAUUGGAUAUCUUGUUCGUCUUUCUUGUGGAGUUUAUAAUCCAAAUGACAUGAUGCAAAAACGACUUGUUUCAAGGACCAUCGAGCUUGUCAAGUCCUUGUUAUCUCCUGACUUAUGGCCGGAUGUACAUAUUCGAUUAAAUCAUCUGGAACGUCCGCUUAUGUUUAGGGAAGUGAAUGAGCUGAUUGCUCCAAGUGUUUGCAGUGCUCUAGAAAUACUGAAUGCGGAUAUUGCUCAUCGUUCAACUGAAUGGUUUAUUGCGAAUAUGACACAGUUGCAUCGAUUGUUAGAGGGUAGCAUUAGAACAGAGAACUCACGAAUUCAGAAUGCGUUGUAUCCUGUUUUGAUUCGUAUUAUGGAAGCUAUACAUCAGUACAACCUUUCAGUGAAAGCAUCCAGAACUUCAAACGAAACUAGCAGCAGCGAUCAAAUAUCUGAGCCAAAUGAUGAAACGAAGGCGCCCGAAGCUCAGAAUGUCGAGAUGUUUGCUAACACUGAAAUUACGGCUGAUGAUUCAAAUAUGGCGUCUAUGGAUGUUGACCAAACUACGGCAAUAAAGACUGAAGAAAUAGAAGAGCCUAAAGAAAAGCCCAUCGAACAGCCACCCCAAGUGAUUGCGUUCAUGAAUUUAAUCAACACAACCAUUCGGGAAGGAUUAAAUAGUAUGUCAAACCUUUAUGGUGUAUUGAAGUUACUUGAAGCAGUCAGUAGCAGUGAUGGCGAGUUUCUUGAUCCAUAUAUACCUGCAAUCUCAAAAAUGGCUCAGUUACUUACAAAAGAGCAUACGUUGCCACCAGAAGAAAAUGAGGAGCACCAUGAAAUUGACAUUAACCUCUUAAUCCUUGGCCUUUCACUAAUGAAGAAGCGUAUUGGCUACUUAGGCGAUCAUCGUCUCUAUUUUUUGUCCUGCUUGGUUCAAUUAAUGGAAAAGUCAGAAGACACUCGACUUUUGAACAACAUUCUUGAUAUGUUGAAUGAAUGGGUCAUGAAUGAUGCUAACCCAAUGCCUACAGUGAAAGAAAAAGCUGGCUUGCUUGGGAAGAUGAUGGCAGUUGAGGGCAAGAAGGAUCCCAAGUUGAUUGAAGAUUUCUUGCAGCUGGUUCUUAAAAUAUACAGUACACCAUCUCUGGCAAAUUCAGAACUGACAAUUAGGCUGGAGCAAGCAUUUUUAUAUGGAACUCAGUACAAAGACCCAGAGAUUCGUGCGAGAUUUAUGAAGAUAUUUAAUGAAAACAUCAGUCAAUCUCUCUUUGGCCGUUUGAAUUAUAUUAUUGGAGUUCAAAACUGGGAGCCCCUCGCAGGCGCCUUUUGGAUACACCAAGCAUUAGACUUGCUCCUUGAAACUGUCAAGAUAGACCCUACGGUGAACGUUCCCUUUGCUCUAAAGGUAAAGCCUAUUAGUAUAUUCGCUACAGAAAAGCAAGAGCAGACAGAAGAUGUAGAAAUGUGUGAUGUCCCAGAAAAUGUUGUCAAUAUUAUUCAAAAGCAUAGAGAAUUCUUGCACUCUUUGCAAAAGGAAAACAUUGAUGAUAUGUUGGCAGAUAUUCGGCAAUUACAGUAUCUUGAUGACAGUACUGCUUAUAAACUCUGGGUUGAUUUGUUCCCAAUUUGUUGGAAAGCCCUGUCUGCGGUUGAACAACACGAUAUUACCAAAAUAUUAAUAGCAUUAUUAGCAAAAGAUUAUCACUCCAAACAAUCAGAACGUCGACCUAAUGUGGUUCAAGCUUUACUUGAUGCUGCUUCCAAAGUAGCACCUUCCAUUCAACUACCUGCUCAUCUGAUAAAAUAUCUUGGUAAAGCACACAACUGCUGGCAUACUGCUAUUGAAAUGCUUCAGAAACAAGCAAAGACAGGAAGAUUGGUUGAUGUGAUGAAAGAGGAACAGCUAAAUCAACAACGUACUUUAGAUUCUCUCGCCGAGCUCUAUUCUUCCUUAAAUGAAGAUGAUAUGUUCUAUGGUCUCUGGCGUCGACGCAGCGUAUAUACAGAGACAAAUAUGACAAUCUCGUGUGAGCAAUGUGGCAUGUGGCAGCAAGCUCAGCAUAUGUAUGAGAAUAUCCAGAUAAAGGCACGAGGUGGUAUACUGGCAUAUACGGAAUCUGAGUGUUUGCUGUGGGAGGAUCAUUGGAUAAAAUGUACCCAGAAAUUACAGCAAUGGGACGUCCUGUCUGAUUUGGCAAAGCAUGAUAACAACUCUAAUCUACUACUGGAAUGUGCAUGGAGACUAUCGGAUUGGACAGCAGAUCGUGAAUCUCUAGAGCAAUCUCUUCAACAGACAUUUGAUUAUUCUCUACCUCGUCUAAAGGUAUUUGAGGGCUUCCUAUCGCUGAUAAAAUCUCAGACAAGCCAAGAUGAACUACCAGAAUUUAAUCGUAUAUGUGAAGGAGGAGUUCAGCUUGCACUUCGUAAAUGGCAUUCUCUACCUCAUAUUGUCACACAUAGUCACCUUCCUUUAUUACAGACUUUUCAACAGUACUUGGAACUUUCAGAAGCUAGCCAGAUUUUUAAUAGUUUAUCAAGCACUACUGCUCAAAAUUUGGAUCAAAAAUCUGCUGAACUGAGAAGUAUUCUGGGAACUUGGAGAGAACGACUGCCAAAUAUGUGGGAUGAUAUUGAUGUUUGGAGCGACUUGGUUGCCUGGAGACAACACAUCUUCAAUGCCAUCAAUCGCACAUACUUGCCUCUUAUUCCUCUGCUUCAGCACUCUGUAGGACAAGCCAAUGCUGGUAGCAGUCAUUCCUAUGCUUAUCGAGGCUAUCAUGAAACCGCUUGGAUCAUCAACAGAUUUGCUCAUGUUGCCCGAAAACAUCAGCUCUAUGAUGUGUGUAUAAACUACUUGACUAAAAUAUAUACCCUACCCAACAUUGAAAUUCAAGAAGCAUUCUUAAAGCUUCGUGAGCAAGCUAAAUGUUACUAUCAAAACGUAAACGAACUGACAGCUGGACUGGAUGUGAUUAACAAUACCAACCUGAUGUAUUUUACUCAUCAACAAAAGGCAGAAUUCUUUACACUGAAAGGAAUGUUUUUGGCGAAAAUGCAACAUUAUAAUGAAGCAAACGAGGCUUUUGUUAAUGCAGUCCAAAUAGAUUUAACAUUACCUCGCGCAUGGGGUGAAUGGGGUAAAUACAACGACAAGAGAUUCAAGGAAAACCCUAAGGAUCUUUCUUGGGCCAACAGUGCUGUCAGUUGUUAUUUGCAAGCGGCUGGUCUGUACAAGAAUGCAAAAUCUCGCAAAUACUUGUUACGAAUUCUAUGGCUGCUAACUCAUGAUGACCAAUCGGGCAUAAUUUCUCGAGCAGUAGAGGGAUAUAAAGGCGAAUGGCCAGUUUGGUAUUGGAUUACAUUUAUACCACAACUGCUAACAGCGCUUCAACACAAAGAAGGUCGUCAUGCUCGUUAUAUUUUGAUUCGCAUCGCCAAGCAGUUCCCUCAGGCACUUCAUUUCCAAUUAAGAACUGCUAAAGAAGACAUGAUGAAACGCACAAGCACACUACAGGCAUCACUAGCAGCUGAAUCAGCUCAGCAGCAAAAAGGUGACUCUGAGUCAAACACCAGUCAAAAGGCUGCAAUACCAACAGAAACUACCAGCAGCUCUUCCAGUACGAAGGACGGAACGCCCAUGGAAACAGACAACGAAGUCAAGAAGGAAACAACUGAUAAUACUGCAGGAUUUUCCACAGAAGGAAUGACACAAGGAGAUACCCAAGAAAAGAAAGACUCUGUUACUGUAAAAACUGAAGAUGGUGCUACAGAUAGUGCCGCUUGUCAGCAGAAUGGAUUAAAGAAUGGUAGCAGUUCGCCAGCUCCAUCACAACAGCAGAACGUAGGAGUAGGCAUGCUAAACUUAAAUACUGGUAUGCAGAACAUCCCUCAGGGACCAGGUACUCCUCGAGGUAUGGCAUCUGGCCAAAUGAACCAUCCUGGUGGUCAAAUUAAUCCUUUGGAUGAAAUCAUGGCUACCUUAAAGACUGGCUAUCCUCUACUAGCGCUUUCAAUGGAAACAAUGGUGGAUCAAAUCCAAUUAAAGUUCAAGCCACAAGCAGAUGAGGAUAUGUAUAGAUUAGUUGUCGCACUGUACAACGAAGGCGCUCAGCAAUUAUUGACAAGAUUGAGUAAUCCAAAUGAUACUUUCCAAUUGACUCAAGCCACUGUUACCAACAUUCAACGGUUUGCAGAUAGUCUUUAUCCUGGUCAUAUGAAAACAGCCUUUGUAAAUGAUUUUGCAAAGAGUCGACUGAACUUGGAAGAAUACGUCGCAAAACUUAGAUUAUGGCGUGAUAAGUUUGAGGCCAUGUUGGACGCUAGACCGCGAAGGCAGAAACUAGAAGCUGCUAGUCAUUAUCUUGUUGAAUUCCAGCAUCAAAAAUUUGAUGAUGUAGAAAUUCCUGGUCAAUAUCUUGCCUUGAAGGACAAUGCAAAUGACUUUUUGCGUAUUGAUAGAUUCCUACCGGAGGUAGAGAUUAUCAGAAAUUAUGGCAAUUGUUAUCGUCGCUUAGUCAUUCGUGGCCAUGACGGUUCUUUACAUCCAUUUUUAGUUCAAAACCCUGUAGCCCGUCAAUUCCGAAGAGAAGAAAGAUUGAUGCAACUGUUCAGACUGCUGAAUUACAUUAUUGAAGGGCGCAAAGAGACACGUGCACGUAAUCUUUCCUUUUAUCUACCUGCCAUUGUUCCACUUGCUCCAAAUGUACGCAUGGUCCAAGAUGACACAUCAUAUAUUUCACUGUACGACGUAUAUGAAGAUCAUUGCGAUGGCAUUGAUAUGCACAAGGACAGUCCAUUGGUAUACUUUAUAGAAAAAUUCAAGAAGAAUGUGAACGCGCACAAGGAUAUUGUGAACCAAAAGACAGAACUACUGAAUCUUAGAAUGGAGAUUAACGAUUAUAUUGCAGCAAAUAUGGUUCCUCCCAACAUAUUAAGCAAGUAUCUACUUAAAGCAAUGAGCUCAUACACAGACUAUUGGAUGCUCCGCAAACGAUUCAUUGCCCAGUACGCAACAGCUACAUUUAUGGCAUAUAUCUUUAGUGUCGGAAAUAGAAUGCCUCAUAAGAUAAUGAUAUCUAGGAGAACGGGUAAUGUGUGGAUGACUGAAUUUUUACCAGGAUGGAAUACUGCCAACCCAGUGUUUGGAAACGGAGAAGCGAUACCAUUCCGAUUUACACCUAACAUUCAAGAUUUCAUUACACCUAUUGGUAUUGAAGGACCAUUCGCAAGUUGCUUGAUGGCCACUGCUCGCUGUUUAACAGAACCAGACUUCCAACUAGAUCAAUACAUAUGCUUAUUUGUUAGGGACGAACUUGCUACAUGGCAUCUAGCCAACCAUAGAUCAGCAACAGAUAUCCAAUUCCGAGAACGUGUUAAUCAAAACGUUCUUCAAGUCCAAACAAAAGCGCAAUUCUUAUCAUGCAAGGCAGAUCGUGAAAAAACACUGAGUGCUGGAAAACCACUAAACCAAAACGUAAUUGACUUAAUUUCACAAGCAAGUAACCCACAAAAGAUGGCACAAAUGGAAUGCACUUGGAUGCCGUGGCUUUAAAUUGUAUAAAUAAUAUAGCUUUUUAUUUUAUUAUUGUGUUCUCCUUUUUCAUUAAACGUCUUUCAUUACAAUAAUACUACUGUUUAUAUAUGUCACGCAACAUGACAUUUAAA